UUGUCUCCUGAGGAGAUGGACGCUCCUGCUGCCGAUGCCGUCGUGUUGCCCGAAGAAGAAGAGCUGCACGAGUACGAGAGGCUCGGGAAGCGGCCGGCUACCCCGCCCUUGCCGGAGUUGGCUGGGGAGGCCAGUAAUAGCCCCAGCACGGACGGGUCACUACCCUCAAUGCCACCCCCAGCAGAGGCGGAGGAGGACCUCUUGUACUGGCAGUCGCUGGAGAUUAUCUCUCAGUACUUUUGGGAGCAGGCAACCAGCGCCAAGGAUGCAAAGCCAAUGGUCAGGUUUGGGGCCGCCAGCAGGAAGGCGCUAGAGACCUUACGAUGUGCAGGGGAGAGUGUGCAGCGCAACCACGAGAUGGCCUUCCAAGGCAUGCUUCGGAAACUGGACAUCAAAAACGAAGACGAUGUCAAAUCUUUGUCUCAAGUGAUGGCCUAUGUUUUGAAUGACAGCGUAAUAAACUGGGGCAGGAUUACGACUCUAAUUUCUUUUGGUGCCUGCGUGGCCAAACACCUGAAGAGCAUAAAUCAAGAAAGCUGCAUCGAACCAUUAGCAGAAAGUAUCACAGACGUUAUUGUAAGGACAAAACGAGACUGGCUAGUCAAACAAAGAGGCUGG